AUUUUGGCGACAUCUACAGAAAUUCUCUAAAAGCAUAUAAAGAAUAUGACGCUUGUUUAACUACUACUAUAUAUGGUGAUACAUAUUUAGACCCAGAAAAUUGUAAAGCCAGAGAGCAUCCGAGGAAGAAGAAGAAAGAUCAACUUAUCUUUGAAAUAGAUGGAAAGAACAACAAAGAAAAAGGCUUUCGCAUUCAGACUAGAUAA